UUUACCGUUUUGAUCCAACUGAUGUAAUGUCCCUUGAAUCUUUCUUUUACGACUGCAAACCAAACAAGUAAUAUGCCUAGGCCUUUGUAAUCGUUUUCAAGAAGCAAUAUUGUAAAUUGUGAAAUUUCAACAAAUGUCAACGACAACUGCAGCGAAUUAUGAAUUUCAAAGCAUACUGGUUGCUCACAAAGUUCAUCGCUCCGCUAGCCUUGACUAUUCUUGCAGCUGACGUCGCAGAGCAGGUUUUGAAUCGAGGAUUAUCGUCAGCGAAGAAUGCCACCGAGAUGCUUGCCAUAUUUGGUAUAGCGUACACACUCACAAAAUUUGCCUCGGGACCUUUUCAAGAAUUCAAAAACGUUUCUUUAGUGUUGGUUCACAACAAGAAGGAAGCGAGGAUUGGGUUGAUAACACUGUUUCUCCUUUCAGCAAUUGUCAUCACAUUUGCAUUAUUAAUUGCAUAUACAGACUUUGGGUAUUUCAUAACACAUACGCUCUACAGCUUGGAUGAGGAUGUGGGCCAAGCUACAAGAAAGGCUGUACUAAUGCUGAGUUUCUUCCCACUUUUUCAUGGAAUGUCAUGGUAUGUAGCAGGUUACCUUUUGCAGCUAAAACACACCGCCCUAGUUGGGUCUGCAUCUGUGAUAGAUGUUGCUGUUCAGAUAGGUACUGUUUUUGGGUUACUACAAACGGAUAUAGUAAACACUACACCGGUAUUAGUUCCAAUCAUCGCUGUCUACACUGGCGUCUUGACCCGGUUCAGUAUACUUUUUAUCGGGUUUCUCAUCCACAGAAGAGUGACAAGGACAAACGUUACUGAAACCCGAACAAACGAAAGCAGUUUGAGUAUUCUACGAGUGCUGAUGUUCUGGUGGCCACUUGCAAUUGUCCAAGCUGUCCAGAAAAUCAGCCGACCAAUGAUCAAUUUGUUUGUAGCCAGAGACCUCGGAGGCUCAGAUGAAGCUGUUCAGGCCAUAGCAGUAUUAAGCCUAGUGUACCCAACAGGUAGAAUUCCAUUUGGUUGGUUAAAUGAAAUGAAGUCUCUUCAGCCCACCUACUUGAAGAAAGGUCAGAGCACUCCUGUACACAGAAGACAUAUCAGGAAUUUUGAUAUAUGCUGCAUAUUGCUAGCAUUAAUGAUUGGCUUCAGCUUAUUUUGGAUUCCAGGAAUUGUCACAAGUUUCUACACUAACAGUUUAGAUUUAUCGGCGGAGGUUGCGCUUAUGUGUGUUGUACCAUUGAAAAUCUUCUCGAUUUUUCCAUUAUUCACUGGAUGGCGUGCCCACAACACAUCUUGGUUGCUCUUGAAGAAGAAAACAACCGCUCUGUUUCCCAGUGCUGUCAUGAGACUCGUUUUCCUAAUCAUUGUUUUGAAUGUUUUUCCUAAGAUGGGACUCCAUGGUGCGCCAUUAGGCAUUGCUGCCCUGCUUAUUGGAUUUGUUGUAGAGAGUAUAUCGGUUCAAAUAGCAUCAUUUAUCACAGAAUGCAGAAUGAAAAGAAACCAGCCAGCUAUGGUAACAUGUGAACCAACUGAAAAUGCAGAGUCUAGUAAUGAUGGAGAACUGAAGACAUCACCUCUUUUAAAUGGGGACACAGUUUACCAAAAAGAUGACGUACAAAUUGAGGAAGGAGAAGGCGAUGAAUUGAUUGAAAUGGAUUCAAACUUAUAGCAUAUUAUAGCACCUCUAUUGUAGUGAUAUUGCAAUAUUUGGCUUCCAAAAUAAUGAUAUAGUAUUUUGUAUAUACAUAUAUUGUUUUAUAAAGUGUUCACAAUAUAUUGUAAUUGUUUGUAAUAUCUUUGAAUAUAUUUUAUACUUGCAAUCAUAAAAUCUGUAUUAUAUAAUAAUAAUGUGUAUUAAUGAUUACUAUAUUAAUUUAAAAUGCAAAUUUUUUAAAGGGAUAAAUUCAAAUGCACAAUGCAAAACAGUUUCAAAGAGAUAAACUUAAGGCUGACUGCCUUGGCUGACAGGCUUUCAUCAAAGAGCUGCAAGAGGUCUGACUGUUGGGGUUUCUUUGGAACACAAUCCUAUUUCAAAAAAAAAUUUACUAGAAGGCGUCCUUCAAAAGAUCAUAAAAAGUGAUUAUGUUAAUUCUGCUUUCGCAUUAUUUGCAAAUUGUAAAUGUGGCAAUUUAAAAUAACAAACAUUAACAUUAUCUUUGUCUUUAGUCUUAAUUGUCUCUAUUAAAAUAGGACAAUCACUUAAAUAUCGAUUAAUUUUAUCAUCAAUAAUAUUGCCUAAUAAUAUUAUAUUAUAGAUGAUAAAAUUAAUUGAUUUUUAAGUGAUGCUCUCUCAUAUUGUCCUGUUUUAAGAGAGACCCUUAAAUUGCCAUAUUUACAAUUUGGAAAUAAUGUGCGAAACGUAAAAAGUAUUGUACAGUAUUCGUAUAUGGGAAUUUUAUAUUUAACAUCACUUGUGUUGCCUUUAGUUACGUUUUUGUUUUUUGUGUAUUUUGGCCAUGUUGGCCGCCCAUAUUCGGCACCUUCAGGACAAGAGCAAUUGGAAAAUAACCGCGGUAUGGACAUUGGUAGGCCUACAUGACAAUGAAGUACCAAAUAUUGUAAUUACCUCAUACUAUGUACUGAAAAAACCAAUGCUACUGCAAUACUUUUAAAACGUGAAGAAUUUUACCAAUUAACUUGAUUAACUAAAAACAGUCUAUAUAGUGGUUUUGUUGACUGAAAAUUAAAGAUUUAUUUUAUGAAAUAUUUGAAAUACAAUAAUUCUAUUAAUAA